UAUUUGUGCGUGUUUUUACUAUAUUUGGGUUAGUUUUGGAGGCUGUGUGUUGAGUGCGAGUGACGGGGAUGUUGUGAUCGACUCUGUCGGUUUUUAUUUAGUUGUGGGAUGAGUGGGAUUCUGUGAAAGCCGCAGCUGUCUUGAAGGGUUUUCGGGGAUAUCAAGUGACGUGUGGGAGAGACAAGGAAAGGGAAGUGCGUUUGUUUGAGUUUGAGGGAUGGGUUGACACAUUUAUGGUGUUACUUGGGUAGUGUCACAAUCUGGUUUUUGUUGGGAGGUUUAGGUGUUGGGCAUGCUUGAGGCUAGUUGUUGUAUUUUAGGGGAUCUGUCGGUUGAGGUCAUGUCUGCCUUCUAGAUGAGUUUGUGUAAUGCUUAAACGUGUCGGGUUCCUAGAAUCGGGUAGUGGCUCUCCGCUUGAGACGAUUUUUCUUGCGCGUAGAAUUCUUGUAAAGCGUCUGCAGGCUCUUGAAGUUUUGGGUGCAGCGGUCUCUUACUAGUGCGUUAGUUCACUUGCUCCCCUUAGUGCCGGAGAUGUUUUACAGACUUUCCUCUUCAAACCUAAUUUGUAAAGUUCUCAUCGUGAGGGUUCCGCGUAACCCCCAAUCUUCGGUCUGCAGAGUGAAAUCCCAUGUUAGAUGGCUUUCAUGUCUUCAAGGGUUUACAUGUUCUGCGUCGCUGUCGGGAGAUAUCAAGUGGCAAUCUUCUUGGUUGUAACUUGUGGCGCGUCACACUUCGGGCUAUCUCCACUCAAUUCACAGCGUAGGAGCUGAGUGAUUACACGUCGAAGAUAUCGGUUGCUUUCUUAGAUGUUUUUAUAUGAGGUGUUGUAUCGGCGGCAUACGUUCGCUUCUGCCGUUUGCCUGUGACAACGGCAUUUCAGUCGAGGUUCUUAAUAGUGUUAAAGCUGGCUGAAUUGAGAAGUAAGGGGACUGCAGUGAUAUAACUCGAUUCAAUCUUGAUAUCGUCAUAUUGUGAAGGCCAAACAAUGGAUUCUGAUUCCGAUUCUGUUGAUUCUAGAGAAGGUCAACUACUGGACAUGCGUGCAAUAUUCGACUAUGGGUCAGAUCGAAGAAAUAUUGAAAAUCGACAUCCUUCAAAUUUGGUAUUAUGUGAGAAGUUGGAAAGACCCCCACACGACUCAUCUCUCCUGUCGCAAUUUUUCUGGGGUCCAGAGGAUGAAGAGAUGGAAUCACGGCCUCCAGAAAAGAAAAGGUGUAGGCGGAGAUGGAUGCGGGGUUCAGGAAACUCUGGUGUGGAGCAAACAACGUCUGAAAACUCUAAUACCAAUUGGCAUGAUCUUCCGAUGGAGUUGUUGGUUCGAAUUCUUUCAUUAGUCGACAACCGGACUGUGGUAACAGCUUCAGGCGUGUGCCGCGGCUGGCGAGACUCUGUUGGCCAGGGUAUCCACGAGCUUUCGUUCUCUUGGUGUGGCAUCCGUGUGAGCAACUUGGUGCAAUCGGUAGCUCCUAGAUUUCCACGCCUUCGAAGCUGUAGGCUCAAGCGGUGUUCCUAUUUGGAUGAUGCUGCAAUUCAGAUAGCUUCAACACACUGGCAUGGUCUGAAAGCCCUAGAACUCAGUUACGGCAUUAAGCUGUCCGAUGCUGCAAUGUACGCUUUAGCAAAUGGAUGUCCAAUGUUAGAGAAACUGGAUUUGAGUGGUUGCAAGGGCAUUACAGAGGCUGGGCUUCUGGCUCUCGUGCAGCGUUGCAACAAUUUACGUCAUCUUAAUCUCUGGGGGUGUUACGAUGCCGGUACUGAUAAAGUAUUGCAGGCGCUGGCAAUGCACUGCAAAGGACUUCAGUCGCUUAACUUGGGAUUGUGUGAAUAUGUUACUGAUAAAGGGAUUGUAGCUUUUGCACGUGGAUGCCCAGACUUGCGCGUAAUUGACUUAUGUGGCUGCAAGCUUAUAACAGAUCAGAGUGUUGUUUUUCUGUCAGACAAGUGCCUUCACCUGUGCGCGCUGGGACUUUCAACUUGCAAAAACCUGACCGACCUUGCUAUGUAUACGCUGAUCAAAACCAAAGCGGCAACCACAUCGCAGCACACCACAGGCAAACGCAAGAGGUUUUCAGGGAAAAGUGUUGGAAUGACUAGUGACUUCCGGGUGCCCAGACAUAGGAUAUGCGCCACAAGCAGCUGCAGCAGCAGCGGCAGCACAUGUAGUGAUGCCAGCAAGCUGCCUAUCAAGAGGGAAGGCCUGGACACGCUACUUGAGGAGAACCCAAAUCAACAUGGGUUGGUUUGUCUUAACGUUAGUCAUUGCGAUUCCUUGUCAGCGCAAGCUGUGCAAGCUGUGUGCGACGCCUUUCCAGACCUUCACACAUGCGCUGAGUUGCAGUCACUGGUUACCAGCGGGUGCUUGAACCUCACAUCGGUUGAUUGUAUUUGCGCUGUUGAGGCGAGGAUGGAAAGGUCCAAGAAGGAGCGCCGGGUGUUGUUCGCGUUAGGGUAGCCCAUCUGGUUGUCGCUUGUCGUUGUCCAUGCCUUUUGGCAAGACAGCGCCUGUGAAUAUUGGACAUAUUAUAAAUUGAUGUAACAUUCAUUAUUGUGAAAUGGCAAUUUCUGCUGCGGCAGAUGAUUCCAUCCAUCCA